CUCUGCUGUGUGCGUGCACCAGCUGCCUACAGGCCAACUACACGUGUGAAACAGAUGGGGCCUGCAUGGUCUCCAUUUUCAACCUGGAUGGGAUGGAGCACCACGUGCGCACCUGCAUCCCCAAAGUGGAGCUGGUCCCCGCCGGGAAGCCCUUCUACUGCCUGAGCUCCGAAGACCUGCGUAACACCCACUGCUGCUACACUGACUUCUGCAACAGGAUCGACCUGAGGGUGCCCAGUGGUCACCUCAAGGAGCCUGAGCACCCUUCCAUGUGGGGCCCCGUGGAGCUGGUAGGCAUUAUUGCCGGCCCGGUGUUCCUCCUGUUUCUCAUCAUCAUCAUUGUUUUCCUUGUCAUUAACUAUCAUCAGCGCGUCUAUCACAACCGCCAGAGACUGGACAUGGAAGAUCCCUCAUGUGAGAUGUGUCUCUCCAAGGACAAGACGCUCCAGGAUCUCGUCUACGAUCUCUCCACGUCAGGGUCUGGCUCAGGGUUGCCCCUUUUUGUCCAGCGCACAGUGGCCCGAACCAUCGUCUUACAGGAGAUCAUUGGCAAGGGCCGGUUCGGAGAAGUGUGGCGCGGCCGCUGGAGGGGUGGUGAUGUGGCUGUGAAGAUCUUCUCUUCUCGUGAAGAGCGGUCUUGGUUCCGGGAAGCCGAGAUAUACCAGACGGUCAUGCUGCGCCACGAAAACAUCCUUGGCUUCAUCGCUGCCGACAACAAAGAUAAUGGCACCUGGACACAGCUGUGGCUCGUCUCGGACUAUCAUGAGCACGGCUCCCUGUUCGAUUAUCUCAACCGGUACACCGUGACGAUUGAGGGCAUGAUUAAGCUGGCCUUGUCUGCUGCCAGUGGGCUGGCGCACCUGCACAUGGAGAUCGUGGGUACCCAAGGGAAGCCUGGAAUUGCUCAUCGAGACUUGAAGUCAAAGAACAUCCUGGUGAAGAAAAACGGCAUGUGCGCCAUCGCAGACCUGGGCCUGGCUGUCCGUCAUGACGCGGUCACCGACACCAUUGACAUUGCCCCAAACCAGAGGGUGGGAACCAAACGAUACAUGGCCCCUGAAGUGCUCGAUGAAACCAUCAACACGAAGCACUUCGACUCCUUCAAGUGUGCGGAUAUCUACGCCCUCGGGCUCGUCUAUUGGGAGAUUGCACGAAGAUGCAAUUCUGGAGGAGUCCACGAAGAAUAUCAGCUGCCAUAUUACGACUUAGUGCCCUCUGACCCUUCCAUUGAGGAAAUGCGAAAGGUCGUAUGUGACCAGAAGCUCCGUCCCAACAUCCCCAACUGGUGGCAGAGUUACGAGGGCAAUACACGACGUGCGGUGGGAGCACAGAUGACAUGUCCCUGCCCUCCAGGGGCUCCCUGCCUGGUGGAAUGGACCAGUGAAUAGAUAACUACCGGAGUGAGGAAUGGCACGUGGCUGCCCUAAGGAAAGCUGGAGAGUUACCCUGCCUGCCUUCUGCCAGUCUAACCUGUUCAAGUCGGAGAUACCUUGCCAUCCCCACCCAAGAGGCAAGAUGGUCCCUGGCCUCUGGGCGGGACUAGACCCAGAGGCCACCAUAUCCAACACAAGUAAACUCUCACAUCCACCUUGGCCCUACUCCCAGACCCCCUAGAAUUGGGUCUCCGGGCUGUCUGGAUCCCCCCUGCUGCCAGGCCCCCUUGGGCCCCAGUACCACACACAGACGCUGUCCCGUGGAAACUGUUGGUAAUAGGAACCAUUAAGAAAAACAGCCACUCCCUGCCCAGUCAGCUGCCCACCGGCUGUCCAUGCCUCCCUCAGUGUCGUGCAGCUGGGGCCCAGCCCCUCAUUCCUGACCAGAGAGCCAGCUGAGUCCCUGGCACUCUCCCUCCCACCUCCCCAGCUUAGAACCAGUGGCAGUACCCAGAGAGAAGCCCCAGCAAACUGUUCACCCCUUCCAGGGCUGGGCUGAAAUGAUGCUGUUAGAGCUCUGACAUGGCGUCAGACUCCAGAGGGGCUUGAGGUUCUGGUGUUCUUCCCCGAAGUGCCCUGACUUUCUGAUGGCAGCCUAGGGCUUAAGCAGGUCAGUGGGGGCAAGAUUCAGUUCUUCCCAUGUACUCCGUGGAGGAUUGUUGACUGUCAAGUAUCUGGGCAAGGGCUUGUCCCAAGGAGAAGGGGUCUUUCUUAUCUACAUGAGCCAAGCCCCUGCUAUCUGUGCCCCCACCACAGACCAAACCCUAUCCCACAGCUGGGAGCCAGGGCAGCCGGAGCAAAAGGAAGCCAAAGCCGGGGAGCUGGGGAGUGAGGUACAGAUUGAUGGCAGAUGCCUGAGGAGCCAGAGCCAUGGGGCUUUUGCACAGAGGCUUCCUUGAGGGAGGAGAACAGAAGGGGGCGGAGCCCCAGUAUGAGGGUGGGGAGGCGUGCAGCAUGCCCCUCCCCCCAUCUUUAAGGGACUGCCCAGGAUAGAAUGAGAACAGAUGCUAGACAAGAGACUCGGGCUUAGGAGGAAGUCUUGGAGGGGUGGAAAAGGCAAAGCUUUCAGGGCCUCGUGCACUAUCCGGCGGUGACACUUACUGCCCUGAGGAGGCCUGCCAGCUCUCUGCCCUCUCCCUGAUGGAUUGCACCUGCAGCAGAGUAGCGCUGGCUGAGAUCAAAGACAACUUCCUAACCAGGACACGUGUGAGAUUCCAGAACUCGGUGACCAAAGUGGACCAUCUCAGUAGAACACAGACCCCUGGGUGGGAGAGGAGUUGUGGGGUAUCUGUAAACCCGGCCGGGGUUCCAGGUGGAGUCUGCCACCAGGGAGACAUCCCUUCAAAGUCUGGCUUGAAGAUUUUCCACCGAGAGACUCCUGGCCACCAGAGGGCAUCACCACCCCAUCGUGUGGCAUCCUGGGCUCCCCAUCACCUCGCUGGAGAAACUGGGGAGGCUGGGAGGAGGAAGCAGGCAUGGAUCUCUGAGCUCUCAGAGCAGCUACCAGCAGCUGAAUUAAUAAGUCCCUGGAGUCAGCAUCUAGUGGGAUCUAAUGGGUUCAAGCCCCUUUUGCCACCAUCUUUCCUUCCCUGGCCUCAGUUUGCCUCUUCCGUUAGAUGAGGGCUUGGACCACAUGGUAUCGUUUCCAGACCACAAGGCCCUUUCUGGCUCUGAAAUCCCAGGAUUUGAAGAAAUCAUGUGACAGACUGACAGACAUUGCACCUCCUGGGCCCACUCUUCCUCUGGGAUUCUCUAGGGCUCUCUGCCUGGCUUUACGACUUGACUUCUCCAGUGGUGUUCUCUCACCUGGAUGCGGGGAGGCAGACUCCUCUGCACACUGAGGGGAAUCACGGCCUCCAUGUCAGCCUGAAGGAGGAAUGUCCCCAGAGGGCCAUCAGACACAGGUGCUGUGACGCCCGUGCGGUCGGCUUCUCCAGGUCUCAGGCAAAGGUGCCUCUUAGGAAACCCUCUGGGAUAGGUGGGGCGGUGGUCCUUCCCAGAAGAGGCUUUACAAACAAGCUGCCCUCUUGUGGGUCCCUUCAGGGAUAAGCACCAGAGUGCAGAGAAUAGAAACCAUUGCCUCUCCUACCUCUGCUCGCCUCCCCACCCCCACCCCCACCACAGAUGCCGUCUGUCAGGAGCAGGCAGCAGACGGUCCAGGGGUCCAUCUGUGCUAAUGCUUCACAAUAGAGUCCCAUGUUUCCCCACCGACACCCCCUCGGCCCCUCAGCUGAUGGCCACUUCAUGGUGCCAAGGGGGGGAGGUGGGAGGAAGGCACUAAGGGGGUUGCUCUUGGCUCCCGCAGUCCCCAAUCCACCCCUGCCCCCCACCCAACAAGCAUCCUGCCAUCUGGACUUGUGUAAUCACUGAGGGGUGGAGAAGCACCCCUCCCACCCACACCUCCUGUAGGGGCUGGGGCCUGGGGCCUGGGGGUGGGGAGAAGACAGACAGAGGAGGCGAGGAGACUGAGACAGACAGGUGAACUGAGAUGGACAGGAGACAUCCUGGCCUCGCCAGCCCCUCUGGAGCCCUCAUGCCUUCCGUCUAAUACAGCACAUGUCCCACUCUCUACCAGACCAAGAGCCUGUGUAACCCCUGAGCCUAGCCAGGACCUGGCACGGUGCAGAGCUUAAAUGUAGGAAGAAUGAAGGACUGAAGAAGACGGCAUCACAUAGCCGUUAGACUGCAAGCUCUGGAACCAGGCUGACUGGGUUUGACUCUCAGCUCUGCCACUGAGUGGCCUAGAACAAGUUACUUAACCUCUCUGGGCUUCAGUUUCCUCAUCUGUAAGGGAUGAUAAUGGUACCUAUUUCAUAGUGUUGUUAUGAGGACCAAAUUAGUUAAUACAUGUAUGUAAAAGCACAUGCAGAACAGUGUGUACGGCACAUGGCAAAUGCUCAAUAAAUGUCAGCUCUAAAGGCAUAAGACAGAUGUGGGAAGACGGGAGGAGGAGGGGACAGAUGGAACUGUGCCUCCCCAGCCUCUGUUUCGUGGUCGAUGUCAGGACAUGGACCCCCAGCCAGUGGUGCUGACGUCCUGUGGUGGCUAGCCGCUCUCUAGACGCCAGACCUGGCCUUCCACUUCCUCUUCUCACUUCUUAUUCGGGUACCACUGACGAUAGAGACUUCAGCUGGGCCAUCCCCACCUCUCCCGUGGCCUGGCAGCCACCGAAACUUAGCCUGCAGGAUGGUCCUGAAAAUAGGGCCAGAGAAUGGCUGAGCACCACCCCCCAACCCUGAGCACCUGCUCAACUUAGUCACAUCCCACUCCCCAUGAGUCAGCCCCACGGUGAGGACCUGCUGGGAAGGGGUAUCUGAGCUCCACCAUCAGGAGAUGAGCACAGGUUUAUCCAGGAGGGACCACUCCGGACCCUCGGAGGGGACAGGCCAGAAUGAAGUCGACUGCUUCAGGGUUUCCACCUCCUCCCUUUCCCCUUGACAUGGAAAGUGGAGGCAGGCUCUUUCGACUCUUCUAGGGCAGCUGUGUAAAGGGGAAAUCCUGGGCCCUGUCACUGCGUGGGGGCUUCUGCAGUGUCAGUUCAGGCAUCUCUUCCCUCCUUCGGGGACCUCCCCCCUCCCCCGUCUAUGCCGCUCUGGGGGUGCACAGCCCCGCGCGCUCUCUCCCCUUUAGACUCCUAGAAUCUUCCCCUGGGCCUCCAAAUCCCCUCACAAUGACCCCUUACUGUCCCCUCACCACCAGAUUCCAUGAAUCUCCAAAGCCAUCCAUCCCUAAAUUUUCAAAUAUCGUGCACAAGCCCCUUCACAGACCGCCCCCCCCCCCCUCACCCGCAUCCCCCAGGUAUCAUGCAGACCCCUGGCCCCGCUCCGGGAUGCCCUGUCCCUCUCGCCUCCGCGACUAGGUUCUACCCCCGUCGAGCGCUCAGGUCCCCACCACGAGUUUCCCGGUCUGGCCGGCGGCGGGCGCUGUGAGCCGGGCUCGGAGAAG